GACGACCUAGGAAAAAUGGCAUAGAUAGAGAUUGGCGGCUAAAGGUGAUGGAAGGUAUACACAACCAUGAACCAGCUAGGUCACUACUUGGGCACAAUUUUGUUGGUCGUCUAAAACCCGGAGAGAAGGAGCAAGUGGGAAAAAUGACAAGGAGUUGGGUUCCACCGAGAAAGAUGUUGUUGACUUUGAAGGAAAACAAUCCUUCAAACUUGACUACCAUAUCUCAGAUUUAUGGUGUUUGCAAGAGGUUAAGAAAAUCCCUCCGCGGGGGAUUGACAGAAAUGCAACACUUGUUGAAGAAGUUGGACGGUGACAAGUAUGUCCACUUUGAAAGACAUGAGCCUGGAUCGGAAGUCAUUAGGGAUGUAUUUUGGGCUCAUCCAAAUGCUAUCAAACUGUUCAACACAUUUCCAUAUGUAGUGAUUAUGGAUUGCACAUACAAGACAAACAAAUAUGCAAUUCCCUUGCUUGAGAUUGUUGGACUGACUUCCACAGAUAAGACAUACUCCAUAGCCUUUUGCUACAUUGUUAAUGAGGGCACAGAUGACUACGUUUGGGCACUGGAGUGUAUGAAGUCUCUAUUAGCUGAUCAAGCCAUGUUGCCUAAGGUGAUUGUUACUGACAGGGAUCUUGCCUUAUUGAGUGCUGCUAAGCAAAGCCUUCCUAACACUACACAUUUAUUAUGCUUGUGGCACAUCAACAAGUGUGUUUUGGCAAAGUGCAAACUCUAUGUUGGCACAGAUGAUUUUGCUGAGUUGGUUAUGAUGAAGUGGGCAGAGGUGGUGGAUGCUGCAACAGUUGAAGAAUUUGAAGUGAAAUGGAUGCAAUUGUUUAAUAUGUGCAAGGCAAAAUACAGCAACUUUACCUCCUAUUGUUCUACUACAUGGUUGGUUCACAAGGAGAAAUUCGCCAAGGCAUGGACAAAUCAUGUGAUGCACUUUGGAACAACAACAAGUAACAGGGCUGAGGGUGCACAUGCCAGUUUGAAGAAGAUGUUACGGGAUUGCAAGGGUGACCUGGCCACUUCAUGGGAUGCGUCGCAUAGUUUGACAUGUAAUCGACAUACUAAAAUAUUAGCAUCGUUUGAGCGCAGUAUUCACAGAAUUGAUCACAUUUUCAUGUUCCCAUUUUACACAAAUAUUAGAGGAUUUGUGUCAAACAAAUGCCUGCAGCUCAUCGACGAUGAACAUAUAAGAAUGAAGUCCUACGGCGGAUGCGAUUGCUUGUUGAGAGAGACUCAUGGACUACCUUGCGGUUGUGAACUUGCAGGUCACCGGUCAACCACUCUCUUGUCAAUUAAUUCUAUUUGUUAUUGA